AUGGUGUCCCUGUUACCAGGUAAACUGGUUGGUCAGCAGGUUAAACGAGGAUGGGACGACCGCACGCUGUCAGUCGAUCAGAUGACAGAGUUCAUCAACAACAAGCAGAGAGACCCGCGGCUCAACGAAAUCCUCUACCCGCCUCUCCGUCCUGCACAGACGCACUCUCUGAUGGAGCGCUUCCAACAUGACAAGGAGCAGCUGCAGCAAGGCGUCAUCUCUCUCCAGGCGUUGUCCAGUUAUCUGUCCAGUGACGAGAACGGAGUCAUCCCUCCAGAGAAACUGGAUCAGUCUGAAGACAUGAGCUUCCCCCUGUCACACUACAUCAUCAACUCAUCACACAAUACAUACCUGACAGCGGGCCAGCUGGCGGGGAGCUCCUCGGUGGAGAUGUACCGGCAGGUUCUCCUGGCCGGAUGCCGCUGUGUGGAGCUGGAUGUGUGGAAAGGAAGAACUGCUGAGGAGGAACCCGUCAUCACACACGGCUUCACCAUGACAUCGGAAAUCCCUUUUAAGGAAGUGAUUGAAGCUAUUGCAGAGUGCGCCUUCAAGACGUCACCGUUCCCCGUCAUCCUCUCCUUCGAAAACCACGUGGACUCUUUGAAGCAGCAGGCUAAAAUGGCUGAAUAUUGUCAGUCUAUUUUCGGAGAAGCACUGCUGAUUGACCCUCUGGACAAAUACCCUCUGGAGUCCGGCGUCCCUCUGCCGAGUCCGCAGGAGCUGAUGGGCAAAAUCCUCAUCAAGAACAAGAAAUCCCACAAACCCUCCAACAACACCGACACCAAACGACUGACGGACCAGCCUGCCAAUCAGAGCAACGAGCCGGUGUCUCCUAGCAACAACACCGGAGAGAUGGAGGCUGAGAGUGAGGAAGAUGAUGAUGAUGAAGAUGAUGAUUGUAAAAAGGGCUCAGCGGAGCGGGAGGCCGUGGCCACGGAGGAAAUGUCCACUCUGGUAAACUACGUCCAGCCGACCAAGUUCAACUCCUUCGAGGCUUCAAAGAAGGCGGCCCGCUGUUACCACAUGUCGUCUUUCGUGGAGACCAAAGCUUUGGAGCAUCUCACAAAGUCACCAGUGGAGUUCGUAGAAUAUAAUAAAUCCCAGCUGAGUCGCAUCUAUCCGAAAGGAACCCGAGUCGACUCGUCCAACUUUAUGCCUCAACUUUUUUGGAACGCCGGCUGUCAGCUGGUGGCUCUAAACUACCAAACUAUAGAUCUGUCCAUGCAGCUGAACCUCUUCAUGUUCGAGUACAACGGCCGGAGCGGCUACAGACUGAAGCCGGAGUUCAUGAGGCGGCCGGACAAACACUUCGACCCCUUCACAGAAAACACAGUGGACGGCAUCGUAGCCAACACCCUCUCUGUGAAGGUGAUUUCGGGUCAGUUUCUGACUGAAAAGCGGGUGGGUGUGUACGUGGAGGUGGACAUGUUCGGACUCCCCGCAGACACCAGGAGGAAAGCGCUGAAGACCAAAACCUCCCAGAACAACAACGCCGUCAACCCCGUGUGGGACGAAGAGCCGAUUGUCUUCAAAAAGGUGAUUCUUCCGACUCUGGCGUCUCUGAGAAUCGCUGCUUUUGAGGAAGGAGGGAAGUUUAUCGGCCAUCGGAUUAUUCCGGUGUCUGCCGUCAGACCAGGUAGAUACUUCAAAAUCCAGCAAACCGGGCACAAAGUGACACACUUCACCCUCCUCACCCUCCUCACCCUCCUCACCCUCCUCACCCUCCUCACUUUGGGUCAGUCAGAGGGUUUCCUGUCCGCCCGUCAGCCGUCAGCGCUGCGUUUACUGUUGUCAGAGCGUCGGAGCGCCACGUGA